GCCUCUCUUAUACGAGGCAGCAAACCGCGCCAUUUUGCACCAUCUUAUUCGGCCUAGGGAAACGUGAUUCUUGUUCCACUAGAAUAUUUCACGAAAUAUUAACACAAUGGGCGACGCAAUAGAAUAUAAUGAUGUCUAUAUGGUGUUAAGAGGGGCUUUGAAUGGUGGAAGAUUGAAACUUCACAAACAAGGUAUUGUCUUCAAGUCACAAAAAACAGGCAAGGUAGAGCAAAUAACAGCAGCAGACAUUGAAAAUGCUAAUUGGUUAAGAGUUGCAAGAGGCUUUGGUGUGAAGCUGGUGUUAAAAGAUGGUACACACUAUAGAUUUGAUGGAUUCAAGGAAGGAGAUUUUGAUAAACUAUCUAAUUUUGUGAAGAAAAACUUUGAAACAGAACUAGGAGAAUUAGAGCUCUCAGUAAAGGGAUGGAAUUGGGGAGUUGCAAAAUUUAAUGGUGCUCUGAUGACAUUUGAAGUAGAUAAAAAGCCAGCAUUUGAAAUUCCUUUGAAAGAUGUCUCACAAGCUACUUCAGGAAAAAAUGAGGUGACAGUUGAAUUCCACCAAAACGAUGACGCUCAGGUUUCUUUAAUGGAGAUGAGGUUCUUUGUUCCAAACUCUGGAGAUGGCGAUGAUCAAGUGAAGAAUUUCCAGGAGCAAGUUAUGUCAAAAGCUGAUGUCAUUCAAGCAACAGGAGAUGCUAUUGUUUCAUUUGAAGAAAUCGCAUGCCUCACACCAAGGGGAAGAUACAGCAUCAAAGUUUACCCAACUUUCCUUCAGCUUCACGGAAAAACCUACGAUUACAAAAUACCUCAUACGACUUGCCUGCGUCUGUUUUUGCUUCCCCACAAAGACCAAAGAUUCAUGUUUUUCGUUAUCAGCAUGGAUCCCCCAAUUAGGCAAGGACAAACAAGAUACCCCUUCUUAAUCUUGCAAUUUGAACGUGAUCAAGAAACCAGUGUGAAUCUGAACCUAAGCGACAAAGAUAUCGAAGAAAAAUAUAGUGGGAAACUGCGAAAAGAAAUGUCUGGACCUUUAUUCGAAGUUGUCAGUCGUGUUCUCAAGGAGAUUAUUGGUCGAAAAAUUACCGUCCCAGGAACUUUCAAAGGCCACUCUGGCACAAGCUCUAUCAACUGCUCGCAUAAAGCGGGCAACGGUCUUCUUUAUCCUCUGGAACGAGGAUUCAUAUUCGUCCACAAACCACCAGUUCAUAUUCGAUUUGAUGAGAUUUUAUGUGUGAAUUUUGCAAGAGGAAGUACGACAGGCAGAACUUUCGAUUUCGAUGUUGACCUAAAGAAUGGUACUUCCGUGUCAUUUAGCAACUUGGAAAGGCAAGAUUAUGGUCAUCUCUACGAUUUUGUGACGUCAAAGAAUCUAAGAAUACGCAACAAGGGAGGAAAGUCUGGAGGUGCGACUGUAAUGGACGACUUAAUGGUUUCGGAUGAAGAGUCACCCGACUUCUAUUUGGAGAAAGUCAAAGCCGAAGCCGCAGAAGACGAUGACGAUUACGAGAGGGAUGAUGACGAGGAAUCAGAUGAAGAUUUUAACCCGGAUAUGGCGGAGGAAGAUGUGAAAGAAGAAUUCGAUUCUGCUGCCAGCUCUUCUGAAUCGGAAGGAUCAGACGACGAAGAAAAACCAAAGAAGAAAAAGAAAGAAGUGAAGAGAAAGCCGGAGAAAAGGGAAAAAGAACCUGCAGCAAAGAAGCCAAGAAAGGAAACAAAGUCUGGGAAGAAGAAGAAGGAUCCAAACGCCCCGAAGAAGCCAAUGUCUGGCUACAUGAUCUGGUUAAACGAAAAUCGAGAGAAUAUCAAAAAAGAAUAUCCUGGAAUCUCUAUCACCGAUCUUUCAAAGAAGGCAGGAGAGAAGUGGAAAGAGCUUGGCGAUAAAACAGAAUGGGAUGAAAAAGCUAAGAAGGCGAAAGAAAAGUACCAAAAGGAUUUGGCCGCUUACAACGCUCAGAAAAAAGAAGACGGUGGAACACCAAAAAAAUCAAAAACAAUUUCUGAUUCUUUUUCGAAAAAGUCGCCGAAGCCACAAAAGCAGUCAACGUCGUCUCCAUCUAAGUUUAAAAGUAAAGAGUUUAUCGAAUCAUCGGAAGAUGACUCAUCUGAUGACGAGGGCUCCAAGAAGAAGAAAACUCCGUCCAAGUCAAAGGAAGAUGAUUCUGAAGACGAGGAGUCCGAGGCAGAGAUGACUGAUGACGAGUCCGAAGGUUCAGACUCCGACUAGAUUCAUGCUGCUCACGAACCUAUGUCAUAUCCAGCUGCAUAGCCGCUGUAUACAUCUAGUAAGGUACUUUGUAUUGUACACGACGUAGUAAAUCCGUUCAGUUAGGAAUAUUCCACUGAUGGAUGUUGAUAAAAUGCUUGUGAUGCACGGGCCUGUUGAAUGAACUCAGUUGGACGCGUUUAUCAAAACAUCGUACGAGCUGCAUCACUAAAAACUAUGAAGACUUGCUUUUGUUUGUAAAUUAUGUUCGUAAAACCCACUAGCAGUUUCCUAUUCUGUUUCUCUAAUUGUUAACUGUUUUGUUACUGUAUGCCUUCACUGGCAAUGAUAUCUGUGAACAUGUUUGAA